AUGAUCAAGAAGGUGGAGUUUCAAGUCCUGAACAUAGCUUCAUGCUUAAAUAUGCUCAUUGGGCGACCGUGGAUACAUGACACAGAGGUCAUACCUUCAUCCUUAUACCAAAAGGUCUGGUUUCCAUAUGAAAGAGCUCUAGUUACUAUAUAUGGCGAUACUUUGACUGUGCCAAAGCCCAUUUUUGGUAUUGAUUCUGAGAAGGAGCCAUUGACCUUGGAUGGCUUUGAGAUUAAGAAGCCUGGUUUUGAAAGAAGAGAAAAGGAAGAGGAGAAGAUCCCUAUGGAAUUUGCUCCUUACAGCAACAACAAUGUGGUGGCAAUGAUGAGGAGAACGAAUUACCUUCCAGGAAUGAAUUUGGGGAAGACUGUAAAAAACCCAUAUGAAGCAAGGACAAGUGAUGAAGAAGGGGGAGAAGCCACUAAUAAUGAUGAUGAAGGUAGCAAUAGCAAGAGUGAUAAUAGUAGUGACAAUAGCAGCAACGAUGAUGGAGAUAGUGAGGAUGAUAGCAACAGUGAGAGUGAAAGCAACAAUAGUGAAGACUAUGAUAGCCAAUAUAGUGGCAACGAUUGGGGUGAACCCUCUAGUGAUAGAGAAGAUGAAGAUGAAGGGCUUUACUAUGAAGACUAUAAUGAUGAUGUAGACUACUAUGAUGGAGAUAUAGAAGAUGAUGUUGAAGCUGAACCUAUAGACAUGGGAAGCAAUGCCGGAAGUGAUCAAUAUAGGCUAGUAAAUGUGCUAGGAGCUAUAGGAGAGGAGGUUGAAAAAGCCAAUAAUAUAGACUAUGAUGAUUACCCCUAUAAGCGUCCCUCAGAUUGGAGCUGCAUUAUUGAUGUUAGUUCAAGGUCCAGUCCCUGA